AUGAUCCAUUUCAGCCCAAUGUGCAUUGGAUGCACUCUUCUGGGGGUUGCGUCGGUUGCCACCAUCGUUGGAUUGUGGACGGUUCAGCUUCUCCCGUCUACAGACCCGCCUGCUGAGCCAUGGGACCAGUACCGUCUCCCAGACGCUCUGGUUCCAGACCACUACAACAUCAGUCUGUGGCCCAGACUCCAACCCAACAUAGACGGCCUGUUUGUCUUCACUGGAAAGUCAAGUGUGGUCUUUAAAUGCACAAGGGAGACGGAUCUCAUCCUCAUUCACUCCAAUAAACUCAAUCUGACCUCAGAAGAUGGAUGUCUGGCUAAACUCUCUACGCUUGGUAACACAGCGCCACCUUUGAUUCAGAAGACCUGGAUGCAGAAGACAACGCAGUACCUUGUCAUACAAUUAAAAGGCAAACUAAGUGUAGGAGAAUAUUAUGUGAUUUACUCAGAAUUCGUGGGUGAACUUGCAGAUGACCUGGCUGGGUUCUACAGGAGCGAGUAUUAUGAGAACGGAGAAAAAAAGAUUACCGCCACCAGUCAGAUGCAUCCCACGCACGCCCGCAAGACCUUUCCAUGUUUUGAUGAACCUGCGAUGAGAGCUGUUUUCUACAUCACUCUCAUUCAUGCCAGAGGAACCGUGGCCCUGUCUAAUGGAAUGGAAAUUGAGAAAGUGGACACUAUUCUUGAUGGCCAAGCUGUUACAGUAACAACAUUCGAGCCGACGAAGAAAAUGUCCUCUUAUCUGCUGGCGCUGGUUGUCAGCGGUGACUACACAAACAUCACAUCAGCGAACGACACUUUGAUACGGAUAUGGGCUCGUGACAAAGCCAUCGCUGAUGGUCAUGGUGAUUACGCCUUGAAUAAAACAGGGCCCAUUCUCAAGUUUUUCGAAAGAUAUUAUAACGUACCGUAUCCACUAUCUAAAUCAGACCAGAUUGCACUACCUGAUUUUUAUUUUGGUGCGAUGGAGAACUGGGGCCUGGUGACCUACAGAGAGACAAACCUUCUGUAUGAUCCUCUCAUCUCUUCAAAUGCAAACAAGGAGAGAAUAGCCACCAUCAUAGCUCAUGAACUGGCUCACAUGUGGUUUGGCAACCUUGUGACUCUGCGAUGGUGGAAUGAAGUUUGGCUGAAUGAAGGUUUUGCCUCCUACGUGUCAUAUCUCGGUGCAGAUUUUGCCGAACCAUCCUGGAAUGUGAAAGAUCUGAUCAUCCUCAAAGAUGUUCAUCGUGUUUUUGCCGUGGAUGCUCUGGCCUCCUCACACCCCCUGUCCUCUAAAGAAGAAGACAUUAUAAAACCAGAGCAGAUCAGUGAGCAGUUUGAUGCCAUCUCUUACAGCAAGGGGGCGUCAGUUCUGAGAAUGUUGUCAGACUUUCUCACCGAGCCUGUGUUUGUCCAAGGACUUAAUACAUAUCUCACCAGGUUUGCCUAUCAAAACACAAUAGGUGAAGACCUGUGGGACCUCCUUCAAUCUGCAGUUGAUAAGACUGGACUAGUUCUUCCCUUAAGUGUCGAAGGCAUCAUGGACCGCUGGGUUCUUCAGAUGGGCUUCCCGGUGAUCACGGUGGACACUGGCACAGGUCAGGUGUCUCAAGAACACUUCCUUCUGGAUCCUGAAUCCAGAGUAGAGAGGCCAUCUCCAUUCAAUUAUGAAUGGAUUGUGCCUAUCAACUGGAUGAAGGUGGGAGCGGAGCAGUCACGGAUUUGGCUUUUGGUAAAAACUGCUUUUUACAGUGAAAUGAAGAUGGCUGGAAAUGAGUGGGUUCUGGUCAAUCUGAACGUCACUGGAUAUUACAGAGUCAACUAUGAUCAUAUGAACUGGGAGCGUCUGCUGAGUCAACUUAAUGAGAAUCAUGAGGUCAUCCCAGUUAUUAACAGGGCUCAGAUAGUGGAUGAUGCUUUUAACCUCGCAAGGGCUAAGAUAGUUCCUGUCACUUUAGCGCUUAGAUCUACAAAAUACUUAUUUCAAGAAAAAGAAUAUAUGCCAUGGGAGUCUGCGCUCAACAACCUGGAUUAUUUCAACCUCAUGUUUACACAGACUGAUGUCUAUGGACUUUUACAGAACUACCUCAGGAAACAAGUGAUCCCCCUUUUUGCACAUUUUAAAAAUAUAACUGAGGAUUGGUCACAUGUACCACCUGGGCAUACAGACCAGUACAACCAGGUUAAUGCGAUUAGAAUUGCCUGCAGUACCGGUGUGCAGGAUUGUCAAAGUCUCACCUCAGGCUGGUACAGUCAGUGGAUGGAUAAACCGGAGCAUAACCCGAUUCAUCCGAACUUGAGGUCUACAGCGUACUGCUGUGCCAUCGCUGCAGGUGGGACUAAAGAGUGGGACUUUGGCUGGCAGAUGUUUAAAGACGCCACCAUCGCCAUUGAGGCUGAUAAACUCAUGAGUGCCCUGGCUUGCACGAAAAAUCGCGUACUUUUAGAAAGGUAUCUUGGAUACACACUUGAUGCAUCAAAAAUCCGAAAACAGGAUGCAACAUCUGUUAUUGUGUAUAUUGCAAAUAAUCCGGAUGGUCAGAUUUUGGCCUGGGACUUUGUUCGAAAGAACUGGGAAUACAUGUUCACAGAGUAUGGCGUGGGUUCAUUUAACUUUGCCAGCCUCAUAAAUGGCAUAACAAAAACAUUUUCAUCUGAAUCCCAACUUAAGCAGCUCCUGGAGUUUCAGAGUGAUCAUUCAGAGAUGGGUUUUGGAUCGGCGACAGCAGCUCUGCAGCAGGCCAUCGAGACCACAAAAGCCAAUAUAAAAUGGGUGUCUGAAAACCAGAGAGAAAUCACAGACUGGCUUGUGGCUGAAACUGCUUAAACGCAACAAAUACUCUAAGUGACAUUA